AUGGAGGACGAAGGCCAUACCAGCAGCAGCAGCAGCUGUGAAUGCACAGAUGCUGCAGCUGGUCCAGAAGAAGGCGAGGGCGGCCAGCGAGAGUCCCCAGUGGCCGAAGGGCAGGCGGCCCCCGAGAGGCCAGCAUCCGACGGUGGCCAGAGCGACGAGCGUCCCCAGAGCGGCCCCGAAGGCGCGCAAGGCCGCGGUGCCCCGGGCAGCCCCGAGCCCAGUAGCCACGUGGGGGAAAGCGCGGUGGGCGUGCUCGCCAUCCCCAGUCCGCGGGGCGAGCGGGCACCCCCUGCUCCAGCCGCCAGUGGAGAUGCCGCCACCUCCUUCCUAAGGCCUGGAAGCCGACUCCUGGAGUUCUCUCUGACUGUGCCCUUUGGAUCCCCUCUGGAGGCAGACAUGGCCCGCAGGUCCCUGGUCACCUAUGCCCAACGUCAGCAAGAGAUGGUCCACAAGGAGCUCACAGUGACUGGCAGUGUCUUGACGGUGUCAGUUCUAGCAGAAGCUGGCGCGGGGUAG